AUCUAAUUCCCUUGAUUCUACCUCUCUAUUUUUGGUUAAGAUAUUCUUGACACUCCCCCUCAAGUUAAGUAAUGGCAUUUCCGAUACUUAACUUGUCCAGAACUUCUCUGAAGACUUUUGUGUUUACAGCCUUAGUCAAUAUGUCAGCCAACUGUUCCUCCGAUCGUAUGAAAGGAAGUUCAAUGAUCCCACUAUCAAGCUUCUCUUUGAUGAAAUGCCGAUCGAUCUCCACGUGUUUGGUCCUGUCGUGUUGUACGGGAUUUUCAGAUAUACUAAUCGCAGCUUUAUUGUCACAGAAGAGCCGACUUCCCCUUCUUGGAGGAAAGCCAAUCUCUGUGAGCAAUCUCCGAAGCCACAGGAUUUCAGUUAUCCCACUUUUUACUCCUCUGAAUUCUGCCUCUGCACUUGAUAGGGCCACUACUUUCUGUUUUUUGCUUCUCCAUGUGACCAAGUUUCCUCCAACGAAGAUACCGGACAAUUCUCAAAGCUGCCUCCAUAUGCUCCUUCUGGGGUUUGUGCAUAAACUGACUUACUAUUCCAACUGCAUACGUGAUGUCGGGCCGUGUAUGGGAGAGAUAGAUGAGUUUCCCAACAAGGCGCUGGUAUUUUCCUUGAUCUGUUAAGUCAGCUCCCUCAACAAUUGUUAAUCCAUGAUUUAUCACAAUCGGUGUUUCUGCAGGUUUACACUCGAGUA